ACCCUCGCUCAGGUGACCGAGAGAGCAAAGUGGCGUCGGAGAUCCCCGGAUCUACAAAGUAUUGAUCUGUACUGAGCCGUCAUUAUGAAAUCAAUAACGAGAAGGGAUUAUGAUCGGGUUAACACCAGCGGAAUAUGACACAGGAGAAGUUUGUCAGGUGUGGAAGAACAAAACCUCUGGACACUGAAGGCGAAAAUCCCCUUGACUAGAUCUCAAUCUACAUUAUCUCAAAAGUGCUCCAGAUUACUCUGAAGAUGUGGAUGUUUUCUGCUUUACGAAAUACUGUGUCUCCUGGAGCCGCUUUGAGCAGGAGUCUGGCUGAGGUUGUCAGUGUCUAAAGCUACUGUGCAGUUAUCCACGUAAGGUUGAAACUGGCAUCAACUCCACCCUUCAUGAUGGUUUAGUCCAGCUGGGAGGGCAAAACAAUGACAUCCAUGGUUGUCAGUGGGAAAAGAAGAGACCAGUCACUGGUCCCGAAAGGAGUGGACCCUGAAACAUGCAUGAUCGUGUUCAAAAACCACUGGGCACAGGUGGUGAAGAUUUUAGAGAAGCAUGACCCGCUGCGCAGUAAUGUUGGUGGCCUGGGUGGAGGUCAUGGUCUUGCUGGGGGUGGAGGAUUCGGCAGCUUCCGUUUCGGUCCAAUCCCUGGCGAUGAGGCUAGCGCCGUGCAGAACUAUGUAGAGCACAUGCUCUUCCUCCUCAUGGAGGAGGAGUGUGGUCAGAAUGGAGCCAUGGGGCCCAUCCUGGAGUUUGUGGUGAUGGAGAACGUGUUGGAGCGACUGUUCAUCUGGAGCCUGAGGCGAGAAUUCACCGAUGAUAUGAAAUUGGAGCAACUGAAGAUGUACGAGAUGCUGAUCGGACAAGCCAAGCAGCCAUUACUUCAUCAUAAACCUGUGCUCAAGCCUUUGAUGAUGAUCUUGUCGUCCUGCUCCGGCUCCCCAUCGAGUCCAAGCUCCUCCGCUGUGGAGACAGAACUCGUGCUGCUCUUGAAUCAGCUGUGCUGUGUCCUGGCUAAAGACCCGUCAGUCUUGGAGUUGUUUUUCCAUACGAGCGAGGACCAAGGAGCUGCUAAUUUCCUCAUCUUCUCCCUACUCAUCCCUUUCAUACACAGGGAAGGCUCAGUGGGACAGCAGGCCAGAGAUGCACUUCUGCUCAUCAUGGCUCUUUCUGCUGAGAACACAGUUGUGGCCAAACACAUCGCAGAGAACACCUAUUUCUGCCCGGUUUUGGCUACAGGUCUGAGUGGGCUUUACUCAUCUUUGCCCACCAAAUUGGAUGUACCCAGUGAAGAGUGGCACUGUCUGCACCUUGAGGAUUGGCAGCAGCUGCCCGCUCUUGUGCAGUUUCUUAACUCCUUGGAGUUCUGCAAUGCUGUCAUACAGGUGGCCCAUCCUUCCAUUAGAGACCAGCUAGUUGGCUACAUUCAUAAUGGUUUUCUGGUACCUGUUUUAGCACCAGCAUUACACAAGCUGACACUUGAAGAGGUGAUGACCACAACAGCGUACCUGGACCUCUUCAUACGCAGCGUAACUGAUCCUGCAUUGCUGCACACCUUACUAAGCUUCAUCCUGCUCCAUCGACAUGACAAUGUGCACAUUUUGGACACGCUGGUCAGCCGCAUCAAUACUCCUUUUCAGCUUGGCACAGUAUCACUGGCGCUGUUCCGCACUCUCAUUGGCUUGCAUUGUGAAGAUGUCAUGCUCCAGUUGGUUUUCAAGUACCUGAUCCCAUGUAACCACAUGAUGUUGAGUCAGCGGAGAGUCCUGAGCGAGAGAGACUGUUACUCUGUAUCGGCCGCCAAGUUUCUAGCCCUUACACCCUCCUGCUGUUCUCCAGAGGUCAUCCCCCCUCCACUCAGACAACUGGACUCCAUUCUGUGGUCAAAAGGCACUGAUGGCUCCCCUAUAGGAACUACGGAAUCAAAAGAGGUCUUCUCAGAGGAGGACGACUGUGGUAACUCAUGUGUCAUUGGCUCAGAGAUCUACCUUGAUGUCAGUUACCUGCACUACUUGUACGAUGCACAAAACAGCAUUGGUCAUUGUAUGCGAGCAUGCCGUGUGUGGUCAGCCCCUUACGAUGGGGAGAACCCUUCUCCAGAAGAAUACCAGCGCAGUACCUUGGAAGAAGCAGGUAGGACUCGGCCACCAAUUACCAGCAAGAAAACCCCAAAUAAGAUGCAUGACUCUGGUAAACCCCUCAAAGAUCUCACUGCUACUCCUGGAUUGCUGGAACUGGAGUGGGAUGAUAGUUAUGAUGCUUGUCCUACACAACCGCAUCCAGAGGAAGAUCAGGAGAUGCGUCCCAUCCCGGACGAGCCCCCAAAACACAUUCAAGACCUACGGAAAACUGCUGUUAUGAUUGUGAAGGGCUCUUACAUUGAAGAGUCCGAGUUCCAGAAUGAUGUUAUGGUUUAUGAACUGGUAGCCCAGAAGGAUGCUCAUGACUCUGGAAAUAGCUAUCAUGCACCAUCCAAACCUCCCGAACCGGCAAAGCAGGAGGUGUUAGAUGGACCAGUAACUGAUCAGAAGACUACAAAUUCAGAAUCCUUGAUGAGCAAUGGCUUGAGCUCCCCAUUAAAUGAAAUGGACAGUAAAAAGAGAGAAUCCCAGUCAGACCACAGGUCAUCAUUGGAAGGGGAGGACCUCAUGGCCCAGUAUGAGGAGCUCAUAAGGACUCUGGGUGCUCAGCACAGUAGUCCAGCAAAAGCAGACGGUGAACUCAAGAGUCCUACAGUCCUCAUAGGUGAUGAGGAAGAUGAGAUCGACUUUAACUCUUUCUCGCCAGAAACACCAGAGACUGAAAAGUUGCCAUCGCCUUUUGGGACCAAACCGCGUAGCGGGAGCAGGGCACAUGCUGUGCCUUUCACAGGGCCAUUUCUGAGCGUACUGCUGUCUCGUCUAGAAAACAUGCCGAGUAACUCACUCCACGUGAACUUGCUUCUGACUGGUAUUCUGGCUCAGUUAGCUGCUUACCCCCAGCCCCUGCUGCGUUCCUUCCUCCUCAACACAAACAUGGUGUUCCAGCCUAGCGUCCGCUCACUGUACCAGGUCCUGGCCUCAGUGAAGAACCAGAUAGAGAAGUGGUCAGCGAAUAAUAAAGAUUUCCCUGAGCUUCUCACAGCUGCUCAGCACUGCUUACUGGCCAGAGAGAGCUCACUAAGAGACUCUCCACAGAAUGGACUCCAUGGUUCUGAAGCAGACAGAAUCCAGAAGAACCCGACUAUCCAACCCAAAACUGUGGUUCCCUUAAAUGAAACCGAGGUCUAUGCCACGGUUCUUUUCACAGAGUUCCUGAAAGAGCUCGCAGCCUUUGCACAAGAACACUCCAUCCUUUCUCAUCUUCCCACGGAGCAAUAGACUUUGAUUCUGUUUUUAUGUUUUUGCUGUUAAUGUUUCCAGGAAACGUUUGAACUUCUGAGAUUUUGAAUGAUUUUAAGUUCUCGCCGAAAGCACUAUGAGCUCUCAAUGAAUGUGGGAAUGUUUUUCUGACUUUUGAUAUUUUUGAUGGGGCUUCUUUCAGCAUGUUUUAUUCGGUUCUGAGAACAAUCCUUGAAACUUCCCUUGUUUGCAUUACCAAAACUCAUUUCCCAGCCACAAAACAGUCGGUUGAUUUGCCUUCAUUUCAUAAAAGUGACUUAAGGAUGCAACAUGCUGGAGAUAGAAAUUUCAGGCCUAAACUAAAUAGUGACGGCCAUACAGCAUUAAGAGGCAUUAGAUAUUAAUAACACUUUAUGACCUUAUUCUUAUGAAGACUGUUCAGUGCUGCUGAAAUAUUUCACAUGAUGGCCUUGGAUACUUAAAGUGCCUAUUCCUUUAGUCCUCCAUUUUCAACAUUUUUGUACAGUUUUUAAUACGCUAAACAUACUUUUGGACAUUUUAUACAACGGACUAAAUGACCUGUCGUCUGUAGGAUUGCUGGAUUUCCUCUCACUUUGAGAAACACAUUGGUUCUGGUUCUUUGUAGAGCAUCUUAGGUGUUAAUUACGGUUGUUAAUGAAUGUUUAAAACUUGCAACACACCUGCUUGUUAAUUAGGAUGAGGCAUUUUUAUCUUAUUGGGGUAAGAUAUACACUACUGUUUAAAAGUUUUAAGGUCAGUAAGAUUUAUUUAUUUAUGAACAAAAGAAAUAUGUUUAUCCAGGAAAUGAGGACAGAUAACAUUGAUCAAAAGUGACAGAAACAAUCAUGAAAAAUGCAUCACGGUUUCCACAAAAAUAUUGAGCUGCGUAGUUGUUUUUAACCUUGAUAAUAACGGGAAAUGUUAUUUAAGCACCUGAAAAUUCAGCUCUGUAAAUUACAUUUUAAAACAUUAAAAAACUAAAUCACAAUUAUUAUUUUUUUACCAAAUAAAUGCAGCCUUGGUUAACAGAAGAGACUUCCUUCAAAAACAUUAAAAAAUCUUACCAACUCAACACUUUUGAAAGGUAGUGUAUCAAAACUAUUUUAGAAGGAUAUAAAAUAUUGUAUUUUUACAAACAUGAUUUUAAGACAUUGCCUUUUAUAUUUUGAGUUGUGUUUCUUUGUUGCUUGCAUUGCCUCUAAGAAUGGGCUUGAAAUGCACUGCUUUUACUGGAUCACAUUUAAAGAGAUCGGGUUCAUACAUUACUUUUUUCAUUUUUUCUUUUACAUGUGUACAAGAAAGCAAUUGAAAUGCAAUUGCAGUCUAUCUCAACACCCAUAUGCAAAAAAAAAAAAAAAAGAGGAAAAAAAAGUCUUUAGUAUCAAAGUUGCUGCCUUGAUUUGAAACUGUUUUUACAGUUAUAUAUCAAAACAUGCAUGAACUUGAUCAAUAAUAAAUGCAUAUUGAAACUCACAUUUGUUUUUAGUGAAAACUCAAAUUUGUUACAUGCAAUUUGUAAGCACACCACAAGCAAUGGUGCUCUAAUGGUGAUUAUGCUUUAAAUAGAAUUUCACAAACAGCCUACUAUUUGAAAAUGUAUAUUUUUGUCACCAUGUGCUUCAUGAAUUGCCUUAAAUGUCUUCAUUGGCUUCGAUUAUUCUGAAGACUUUUUUUUUUAAAGGUAGACGAUUUGCAUGAAGCCUGUCCCAAAUGACGUCAAUCAAAACUUAAUUACCAAAAACCCUGAGGCCGCGGUGUAUCAUGUGAAUGCAAAGAUAUUUAUAUUAUUUUUCUUUAUGUACCGCUGGUGACCUCCUUAUUAGAGCGGCU